AGGGGCCGUACGGGGUCUUUGCUGGAAGAGAUGCAUCCAGGGGCCUUGCCACAUUUUGCCUGGAUAAGGAAGCACUGAAGGACGAGUACGACGACCUUUCUGACCUCACUCCUGCUCAGCAGGAGACCCUGAGUGACUGGGACUCUCAGUUCACUUUCAAGUACCACCACGUGGGCAAACUGCUGAAGGAAGGGGAGGAGCCCACUGUGUACUCAGAUGAGGAAGAACCAAAAGAUGAGAAUGCUCGGAAAAAUGAUUAAAGCCUUUGGUGGAAGCAUAUCUAUUUUUGUAUUUUGCAGAAUCAUUUGUAACAUUCCAGUCUGUCUUUAAACAUGGUGAUUUCGAUAUUUAGAAAAGUUUUGGAUUUGCUGUACAUUUUCUAAUUAACAUCACUAGUGACACUGACAAAAUUAACUUGUCUUAGAAUGCAUGAUAAGUUUGAGUGUCACAAAUCCAGAAAGAACUGCAGUGCUGUAAUACAAAUGUUAUUACUGUUUUUCUUCUAGCUGUAGUUAGUACAGGCUGAAUUUAAGUUUGUUUUGCCUGAGAGACAGAUGAGACUUGAGUAUUUCCCCAAACAGGUGAAAAUGUUGUGUGCACCAAGAACAAAGGAUCAACUUCUAGUCAUGAUGUUCUCUAAAGACAACAAAUCCCCUUUUUUCUCAAUUGACUUAACUGCAUGAUUUCUGUUUUAUCUACCUCUAAAGCAAAUCUGCAGUGUUCCAACAGCUUUGGUUUUGAUGAAAGAGAGCUGUUCAGUAAACAAAAUGAAAUCUCAAUGCUGCGCUCAGUGGCAAAAACACACUCGCUGGGUUUCUGGACCGCUCGAUUGUCCUUGCCCUCACAUGGACAUUCAAACACCCUCAUAAACACAGUAAUCUACUUUAGGAUUAAAAUGGGAUCUGAGCAUUCAAAAGAAAGCUUUGGGGAAAAAAACCAGCUGGCUUGCCUGAAAUCCUAAAUAAUAGGAAGCAGAUUGUAGGACUAUCUUCCCAAUCCUCAUGUUUUUGGUGGGGCAGUAGUUAUUUGGUUACUUUACACAAUUUGAAAUGAGAGGGAGACAUACAAAACAGGAAAAGGUGUUCGCCCUCCUGAGAGCCUUCAUAUAGAAGGAUGACAAAAUGAGGAAACAGUACAUGUCACUACCGAAGUUGUUUUUAAAGUAUAUUCAUAAGGUGACAGUUAUUCUUAUGUUGUUAACUAAACUCUAGCCACUGCAAAAGUAGUAGUCAGGUGUCUAGGUCUUUGAUAUUGCUCUUUUGGUUAACACUAAACUUAGCUUAACUAGACUCUAGAGUUGUUUGAAUUUGUAAAAAUGUUAUAUGAACUAGUGAGGUUUCAGACUCUUGUAAUUGUAGGAAAACCGUCCUUGUAUAUUCUUGUGAACUGUGUUUAAUGGUUUUACCUCAAAUCAGAAAACAAAAUGAAGUGCUUUGGUCAGUUAAUAAAAUGGUUUACCCAGUA